GAUAUGCUCACUAAAAACAGCUAAGAUAACCACAAAAUCAAACACCAAAACACCCUUAUAAAAUACGCUUAGGGAUAACAACUCAAUAUACGGCAGCAGCCAGUUCAGUUAAAAAUGAUCAGCAAACCUUCACAAAUCGCGAAGCUGCAGAAUAAAGUCGCCAUUGUAACCGGCGGCGCAAGCGGCCUAGGGGAGGAAACGGCCCGUCGUUUCGCCGAGCACGGUGCAAGAGCAGUGGUGAUUGCGGACAUUCAAGAGGAAAAAGGCCAGCAAGUAGCCGAAUCAAUCGGCCUGCAUUGCUGCACGUUCAUCAAGUGCGACGUGUCGGACGAGGAGCAAGUCAAGUCCCUCGUGGAUUCAACCGUCGAGAGGCACGGACAACUGGAUAUCAUGUUCAGCAAUGCUGGGAUCGUCAGCAAAUGCGCGCAGGACAUCUUGACUUUCGAUCUGAGUGCUUAUGAAGAGCUCUUCUCCAUCAACGUCCGCGGCAUGGCGGCGUGUGUGAAGCACGCGGGCCGUGUCAUGGUGGAGGGCGGCGUCAAGGGAAGCAUAAUUUGCACGGCUAGUGUUAUGGCAAAUUAUGGCACGGGGGCGGCUAUAGAUUACGUGAUGUCCAAGCAUGCCGUUCAAGGGUUGAUUAGGUGUGCUAGUAAAGGGCUAGGUGAGCAUGGGAUACGGGUGAACUGUGUGGCGCCGGGGCCGGUGGCUACUCCGAUGAUUUGCGGGCGGCUUCAGAUGAGUGCGGAGGACACGGAGAGGUGUUUUGAGGCUGAGAUGGCUAUCAAGAAAUCAGGAUUUCUGAAGGCCAGACAUGUAGCAGAUGCGGUGUUGUUUUUGGCAAGUGAUGACUCUGCCUUUGUUACGGGGCAUAGUUUGGCAGUGGAUGCUGGCUAUAUACCUACCAAUUGAUCGACCGGACAUAAAAAGUCUUCAAUUCUCAUAGGUCAUCUCAAUGGAAAUGGA